AUGGUUGUGCCUUCCGAUAAUCCGCCCUCGUCUGAGGGCCUAAACGUGCCGACAGUGUCUCGAGAAGCUAGCAGCACUCCCGCGCCAACCUCCUCAAGUCGCGGUUCUGCCGCCAGCAAAUUCAAGCCCAAGGCCGUUCGUCGUAGUGAGACAGAGCGCGCGCGCAUCGCCGAAGAGCAGUUGAGGAUACAGGAACAGAGGAACGCUGAAGAAGCGAGGCGACUCGCUCGCCUUAACCGUGGUCGUGGUCGAGGACGUGCCCGAGGUCGCGGUGGAUUCAAUUUCCGGACCGCAGGAGCUGCUGGCCCAUUGGCGGCUGGAUUGAGUUUCGGCAGUGGAGGUUCGUCGGGCCAAGGUGGCUACGCUUUUGCAUCCAGCUCAGGCUACGUUAAAAAUGAAGGCCAAGGCCAAGGAGAGCGGAGCACCUACGGCGCGUCUGGUAUCGUCGAUAAUAGCAGGAUCAACGCCGACCUACUCUACAACUACGUCGAGAUCUCGGACGAGGAAGACCAAGCUUCCAUUACAUCGACCCAGAAGAAGAAGAAGAAGCCCAUCAUGCCCAUGGGUAUCCGGCGUGUUGAGCACAAAGACGAGGGUGUCACCAUGACGACAGCCGCGGAGAUUGAGGCCCAAGAGAAGGCCGGCGCCGUGGAAGAGGAGUCGGACGACGACGCCUUGUUUGUCAGCCGAGCCGCCCAAGUCGAGGAUUUCGACGAGGCGCCUAUGGAUGAAGGCGUCGGCGAGCCGGCCCAGACACGCAACAUCAAGAAGGAGGAGGUUGAGGCUGGUGCAAUGGACCUGGACGAACUUCCCGAGGGCCAGCGCAUCAAGGCGCCCGAGUCUCCCGAGCUGAAGAAGAAGGUCCUUGUGGGCCAGCAGAAGGCUAAAAAGUCUUCAGCACCAAAGGACCCCGAAGCCGAAGCCAUCGCAAAUGACCUCCAGCGCAUGCUCAAUUUGUUCACCGUUCGAGGCGAGGACGGCCAGGUGGCCGAGGAUGGUACGGCGAACAAUGCUGCGCUCGAAGGCCACAUGUUCCUUUUCCAAUUCCCGCCCGUCCUGCCGCCUUUGCACGUUGUGCCCCGCGACGGCACGUCGGCGAAUCCAAUCGCGAUAAAGCCGGAGCCGGACGACGAUGUGGUCAUGCUGAAUGAGCCACCCGUCAAUAUCGAUCUCACACAGGACGAUAACGCCAAGGUCAAGAAGGAAGACGAGGGCGAAGAAGAGCCGGAGGGGCAGGCGAAAGAGAAGAGCGACGAGCUCAAGGAAGGAGGCUACAUCGGCAACCUGGUUGUGCGCAAGUCGGGCAAGGUGGAGCUGAGCUGGGGCGGACAGAAGUUGGAGCUCAUGCCGGGCAUCCAGAGCAAUUUCUUGUCGACGGCCGUGCUGAUUGAGCACGCGGACAAGAAGCCCGACGAUCCCAGCCAGAUGGCCGGUGUUGCCUAUGGCAUGGGCAAGAUCCAGGGCUCCUUUACCCUCGCGCCAGUGUGGGGUGAUGAGGAGGAGUGGGUCGUGGACCCCAAGGAUCUUGAGGUUCCGGAGAAAUAA